AUGGACAUGGCCAAGAGCCUUCAUUUCACUCCAGUCAAAGGAAAACCUUUGAGUCCUUUCAUCUCAAAGUUGAAGCUUCUUCUAAGUGACGACAAGUAUCGUAAAGCCAUACGCUGGUCAGAAAGUGGUGGGGCAAUUCUUAUCACCGACGGCGAAAUAUUCAAACGGCAAGUUCUAGACGAGAGUGCUGAAAUGUUUAAAACCAGAAACUUUACGAGCUUUGUGAGGCAGCUUAACCUGUAUGGCUUCCGUAAAGUUCCAGUUAACGGAAAAGGCGACCCGUCCAAAAACAUGGAAUUUGAGCACAUUCACUUCAAACGCGACAAACCAGAACUAAUGCAUCUGGUUCACCGUACAUGCUCUUCCAGAAAAAAGAAACGAGUGGCUCAAGGAACGCUGACAUCCUUCAAAAGAGAAAGCUCUACGCAGCUGGAGGACCCACCAGUUAGAAAGUUCAAGUCGAGUGAAUACCAGAAAGAAGGAAGAAUUCCCGGGAAAUUGAGGCGAAACGACAGCAGUUUCUUCAGCGAAAGCACUGAUUCCUCGCCCCUGAAAAGCGAAUCGGAAGGAGAAAAAGAAUGCAGUGCUGGGGAAUUCAGCCAUUCCAGUCAUUCUCCAUUUGAAGUUGCACCAGGUUGUGCCGGAAACUCUCUCUUGGAAUACUACUAUCAAAAACAUCAAGAAGAGCAGAUUGCUGUCCAGCUCUUGUUAAAUUUGCGCUACUCAUCGUCCUCGCCUCAAAACUACGAAAAUUUCCAGCCAACGCAACCAACCUACGAGCCAUCUUACACUGGCUAUCCAAUGUACAUGUUCCCAACUUCAGUGCCUUUUUAUGGCCAAUAUAACUCUAUGUAUUGA